AUGGUUUGUGAAAAAUGCGAGAAAAAACUUGGGCGUGUUAUUACACCAGACCCAUGGAAGACUGGUGCUAGAAAUACAGUUGAAUCUGGAGGCAGAAAAGUUGGUGAAAACAAGGCACUAACUGCAAAGAAAGCUCGAUUCAAUCCAUACACGGCUAAAUUCGAUGAAUGCAAAAUAUGCAGAAUGAAAGUACACCAAGUUGGUUCACAUUAUUGCCAAGCCUGUGCGUACAAAAAAGGUAUAUGUGCAAUGUGUGGCAAGAAAAUAUUGGACACUAAAAACUAUAGACAGAGUUCAACUUAG